GAAAUAGAGCUGAUGAUGUCAUACUCCUGCGCCGGAUGCGUUGCUUUUCCCACAAGCCGUCAGUGCUGAUGUGUUUCAAGAAAUCAGACGGUAGGGAGACGUCUUUGAUGCAGUAACAUCAGCACGGGGAGAAACGGCGGCGGCGGCUCACAGGUCGAUGUCCAAGAACACGCAGCGGCGGAGAUCAGCAGCAACACCGGGUCCGGAGCGGGAAUGGCGCCCAAAGGGAAAGUUGGCACAAAGGGAAAGAAGCAGAUCUACGAGGAGAACGAAGCCACUCUGAAGUUCUACACAAGAGUCAUCCUCGGAGCGAAUGCGAUAUAUGCUGCUGUAAAUUUCUUGAUUUUCUACAGUUCAUCUUCAUUUUGGACAUGGUUGCUGCUCGUGUUUGCGUUAGCAGUGUAUGGGAGUUACCGCUCCAUGUCUGCCAUGGCCAAGCCGGUGUUUGCUGAGGAUGGAAAGUCUCCUGGACGGAGGAUAGACCUAAACAUGGAGCAGGGAAUGGCAGAGCACCUGAAGGAUGUGAUCUUGCUCACAGCCAUAGUGCAAGUGCUCAGCACAAUCUCCUCUUACUUCUGGUAUCUGUGGCUGCUGGCCCCAGCCCGUGCCCUCUACCUGCUGUGGGUAAACUUCCUGGGUCCCUGGUUUAUGGCUGAAAGCCCAUCGGCACCGGAGGAGGUGAACGAGAAGAAGCAGAGAAGACAAGAGCGCAGGCAGAUGAAGCGAUUCUGAUGCUGCAGACCAGGCGAAGCAGUAUUUUUUUUUAUAUGCAGAAUCUAAUAUAGAGAUGGCAAGGAAUUCAUAAGUUAUUCAGGAAGAAAUUUGUUAUUAAAUUAAACUCAAUCCAGAUCUGAUAUUGUGGAAUCUUGUUUUCCAUGUUUGUUUCUCUCCUGUGAUUGAGUUUUCUCCCUAAGUUAUGAAACAAAUGAUUCCUUAUUUAGAUAAUAUUACAGUCCAAAUGUAUUGUCCCCAGGCAGAGAUUAGGAGUUUUGCUGUCCUGUGCAGAUCUAAGUUACACUGAGUCACAUUUCCGUUACAUCACAUACAGCAAGAAGAUGAGUCCAAAUUUGUUGAAUCUGCCACUGCGGCUUUUGUUUUUGGCAUGUUUUUAUUUAUGUUUGAGAAAUGGUGUACAUUAUUGCAGAAUCAAGAGAUGCUUAAGAAUCCACUGGAUGCCUGUACGUUUUAAUAGGAAAUUGUAAACA